GAUUCUGGGGCAAAUGUUCGAUUGAGCGCCUAUACUUACAACACCUUGAUUGACACAUAUGGGAAAGCUGGGCAAGUGAAAGAAGCUUGUCGAACUUUUGAAGAAAUGCUCAAAAGGGGAAUUUUGCCAACCACGGUGACUUUUAAUACCAUGAUACACAUGUAUGGCAACAAUUGCCAGCUUGAUGAAGUUGAUUCGUUGAUGAAAAAAAUGGAAAAAUUCAAGUGCUCCCCUGAUACUCGAACUUACAAUAUUCUCAUUUCCCUACACGCGAAGUAUAAUAAUAUAGAAAUGUCAGCAAAGUAUUUGAAGAAGAUGAAGGAUGCUUCUCUUGAACCUGAUGCUGUCAGUUACCGUACCCUCUUGUAUGCAUUCUCGAUAAGGCAUAUGGUUGGUGAAGCAGAAGAGCUGAUUUCAGAGAUGGAUGAAAGAGGGUUGGAGAUUGAUGAAUUUACCCAAUCGUCUUUGACUAGAAUGUAUAUAGAAGCUGGGAUGUUGGAAAGCUCAUGGUCAUGGUUCGAGAGAUUUCAUCUUGCAGGAAAUAUGACUUCCGAGUGCUACUCUGCCAACAUUGAUGCUUUUGGGGAAAGAGGGCAUAUUUUGGAAGCCGAAAAAGUUUUCAGUUGUUGCUUAGAAGCAAAAAAGAUGUCUGUCCUUGUUUUCAAUGUGAUGAUCAAAGCUUAUGGCAUCAGCAAGAGAUUUGACCAGGCAUGCUGCAUCUUUGAUAGAAUGGAGAAACAUAGUAUAGUUCCUGAUAAAUGCAGCUAUAAUUCACUUGUGCAAAUGCUAGCUGGUGCAGACUUGCCAGAAAAGGCAAAAUUUUAUGUCAGGAAAAUGCAGGCGGCUGGAUUGGUGACUGAUUGCAUUCCGUAUAGUGCUGUGAUCUCAAGCUACGCAAAAUUAGGUAAUAUGGACGUUGCAGAGGGACUAUACAAGGAGAUGAUUGAGAUUGGCUUAAAACCAGAUGUUGUUGUUUAUGGUGUUCUUCUAAAUGCUUUUGCUGAUACUGGGAGUGUAAAAGAAGCUAUUGGUUAUGUAAAUACAAUGAGAGACCUAGAUAUACCCAUGAAUGCUGUUAUAUGUAAGUCUUUAAUCAAGCUUUACACAAAAGUAGGAUAUCUGAAAGAAGCACAUGAAGCAUAUGUCAUGCUUCAAUCCUAUGAGGAAGGUCUAGAUGUAUAUUCCUCAAAUUGUAUGAUUGAUCUCUAUAGUGAGCGAUCUAUGAUUUCACAGGCAGAACAGAUUUUUGAGAAUAUGAAGAGAAAAGGUGACGCGAAUGAGUUCACCUAUGCUAUGAUGUUGUGUAUGUACAAGAGGAACGGAAGGUUUGUGGAAGCGUUUCAGAUAGCAUGUAAGAUGAGAGAACUAGGAUUUAUGACAGACUUGUUGAGUUAUAAUCACGUGCUCGGGUUGUAUGCAUCGGAUGGGAGAUUUAAAGAGGCAGCAGCCACUUUUGACGAGAUGCUGAGAUCUGCCGUCCAACCUGAUGACUCGACAUUCAAAUCACUUGGAAUUAUUCUCUUGAAGUGUGGAGUCCCAAAGGAUGCUCUUCGUAAACUUGAACUCACGAGGAAGAAGGAUGCUCAGAGCGGCCUGCAAGCAUGGAACUCGACCCUUUGUUCUGUGAUUGGCAUGGACAACGACACUGAUGUUUGUGCCAAUGAUGUCUAGUUACAUGCUAACACGAGCUUUUAGUCGUGCAUUAGCUUUGCAUGCCUUGAAUCCUAGGUCCUGAACCAUUUAAGCACAUGUAAUAUAUUAUUAGGAACUUUAGCAUAGAGCAUGUACUGAGAUCAGACGUUUAUGAGGAUGAAAUACUUCAGAUUUUCCUCAUUUAUUUCCAUCAAUGCCAUGGAUGAAAAUAUGCAAACAAAUUAUUUCAA